GAGAGAGAGAGACAGAGAGAGGGAGUGAAGGAGAGAUAGUGAGAGUGAGAGAGAGAGAGAGGGAGGAAGCCAGCAGCGACCUCCUACCCAACAACCUCGGAAGCGAACCCAUAAAAUGAAUUCAGACUCCAGCCCGAGCAGCAGAGCCUCUUCCCCGGACAUGGACGCCAUGUCUCUCCGAGACCACCACCCGCACCACCAUCACCACCACCACGUCGGCUCAUCAGUGUCCUCCUCUACGCAGAGCGGCGAGCAGCGCCAGAAGCUGAGCACCGGAGAGCUCCUGCGGUCUGGAGACCCAAAGUCCGUCGGCAGCAGCAGCAGCAGCAGUAGUAGCAGCAGCAGCAACAAGUUCAAACUGAAGAAACAAGUCACCGAGGAGGAGAUGUACCACCUCCGUCUCAAGAUUAACGGCCGGGAAAGGAAGCGCAUGCACGACCUCAACCUGGCCAUGGACGGCCUGCGCGAGGUGAUGCCCUACGCGCACGGGCCCUCGGUGCGGAAGUUGUCCAAGAUCGCCACGCUGCUUCUCGCCAGGAACUACAUCCUGAUGCUCAACAGCUCCUUGGACGAGAUGAAGCGGCUGGUGGGGGAGAUUUACGGAGGACACAACUCGGCUUUCCACUGCGGCACCGUGGCGCACGCCGCCGGCCCAGGUGGACACUCCGGUGGGCCCGUUGCCGCAGCCGCUGCCGCGGCCGCAGCCGCCGCGCACCAGGUGCAUCCUCUCCUCGGGAGCGCGCUGUCAACCUCCACGUCCUCCACGCUGUCGAGCGCGCUGCCGGGGCUAACAUCUAUCCGAGCACCCCACGCCCUGAUGAAGGGCUCCCCGGGUGGGCCCCCGGCCCUGCAGCUGGGCUCCGGCUUCCAGCACUGGGCCGGACUGCCGUGUCCCUGCACCAUCUGCCAGGUGCCUCCUCCUCCACACAUCCCCGUCACCUCCACCGGCCUCACGAGACUCACGGGGGAGGGCAAGGACCUGAUGAAAUGAUGUCUGACAGACUCGCAGAGACUCAGAGAUGUGAUGAUGUUUGUAAAUAGAGAAUUCAGGGCAUGAGGGUGGAUUUGGCCUCACUGGUGCAUGCUGUUGUUUAGUCUGUUUUCUUGUUUGGCGUGUGAGAAAAGAAAGUGUUAUUUUCCUCCUUGUAACAAGGACUUAUAAAGACUGAUGAUUUUUUUGCCAGUUGAAAGGUGAAAAGAAGUUGUGUGUCAUGCAACAAGACGCGAUGAUCCUCUUGUGUCUGAGUUUUAGUCACAAUGUGAAAGAUGAAGGAGGCUGCAUGAACAUGCUGAUUUCAUUUUACAUUUUUUUUUUCUAAAUCAGGCGUCAUUUUGUGAAAACGAAGAAUGCUCUCUGUGCCUUGUACCAAGGAUUUUAAACUUGAGUUGUAAAUGAAAAGAAUGACAUUUAUGUGUUUGGCUAAAAUGAACCUGCCA